CUAAGGCCGAGGACGAGGGAGAAGAAGGCUGAAAGGAGACCGAGAGUGAGGGGUCCCGGGGCGAGUAGGCGCAGGGAGAAGUCCCCAGUGCCAGUGGGGAAGAGCGCGCCGAGAGGGACUCCGAGGACUGGUGUGUGCCCUGCAGCGACGAGGAAGUGGAGCUGCCCGCGCAUGGGCAGCCCUGGAUGCCCCAGCCCUCUGAGAUCCAGCAGCUCUAUGAACUGCUGGCUGCCCACGGUACCCUGGAGCUGCAAGCAGAGAUCCUGCUCCGCCGGCCGCCCAUGCCUGAGGCUCAGAGCGAAGAGGAGAGAUCCGAUGAGGAGCCGGAGGCCAAAGAAGAGGAAGAGGAAAAACCACACAUGCCCAAGGAAUUUGAUUUUGAUGAAGACCCAGUGACACCGAAGGACUCGCUGAUUGACCUGCCACGCACCCCAGGAAGCUCAGCCCGGAGCCAGAAACGGGAGGCCCGCCUGGACAAGGUGCUCUCGGACAUGAAGCAACACAAGAAGCUGGAGGAGCAGAUCCUUGGUACUGGGAGGGACCUCUUCAGCCUGGACUCGGAGGACCCCAGCCCCACCAGCCCCCCACUCCGAUCCUUAGGGAACAGUCUCUUCCCUCGGCAGCAAAAAUACUGACUCCUGCUGCUCCUGCCUCUAGGGUGCAGCGUCUGUACCUGCUGGGACCUGGGCCCUCCUUCCCCAGCCCAGACACUGAGAAACUUGGGAAGAAGAGAGAAACCCCAAGCUCCCAAACAGCACGUUGCAGGAAAAAGGAAGAGAGAGAAGAGAGAGAGAGAGAGAGAGUGAGAGAGUGUGUGUGAAAGAGGAAGAGCGAGAGUGUGUGUGUGCAUGUGCGUGUUUUCUAUUGAACACCUAUUUGGAGACUGGGACUGAAUUUUCUGAGUCUGAAAUAAAAGAUACAGAGCUAUCAUCUCUUAAAAAAAAUGCCACUAAAAGAGAGAGAAAAUGUUUCCUCUCUUAACAUGAAAAAUGAAGGUAUGGGGCCGAGAGUAGUGGCUCAUACCUGUAAUUCCCGAUCUUUGGGCAGUGUAGGCAGGCAGAUCACAAGGUCAGGAGUUCGAGACCAGCCUGGCCAAUAUAGUGAAAUCCAUCUCUACUAAAAAUACAAAAAAUUAGCCAGGCAUAGUGGUAGCUGCUUGUAAUCCCAGCUACUUGGGAGGCUGAGGCAAGAGAAUCACUUGAACCUGGGAGGUGGAGGUUGCAGUAUGUUGAGACUACACCACUGCCCUCCAGCCUGGGCAUGAAACAAGACUCCAUGUCUCAACAACAACAACAAAAAAAAAAAAAAAAAAGAAAGGAAAAAUGAAGGCAUGGAAAACAAUUUCUUGUUAAUAGUUCACUCAGUAUUAACACUCUAAGUGUAUAUGAGAGCACAGACGUAGAACUCAGUUAUUCACAAUUAUACUUUUAUUAGAAUGCUCAACAUUCUAGAAAAGACUGUACAUUGAGCACAGAAAUAAAGGUUUACUAAAUCUUUAAAGAUUAGGAAUGUAAAAAGUAGUAAUAUAACCCAAGUUUUCAUUAUCGGUAUCACUGCAUUGUCAUGCCACAACCACGUAUUUAUACAUAAUCUUAUAUGAAAAUAUAGUUUCACACAUAAAGGACAUACAUGUAAAAAUCUUAACUAGAUAUUUUUAGCAAAGGAUUCUGGAUAAUUAUUUAAUGUGCAGUUUCCUCUCUUUAAUAUUCUGUUUCCCCAUUCUCACUGGCUUUCUCUACAAAUCUAUUUAAUCGUUUCAUAAUGAUAUUGGUUCUAGAAGUUGAAGGAUAAAGGACAAAAUAAACUGCUACAUGGAGAUGAAACAUUAAAAUAUCUGUUCCAUCAUCAGAUAAAAGCUUGAUGUUGUCUAGGUGGCCCCUUCUUUUCUUUCCUGGGCUGACAUUUUGGGAUACCCUGUUUUGUAUAAAUAAAACUGUGUUAUUCAUUCUGUAUUCCCAGAAUCAUAAAAAAAUGUCUAGGAUAUAAAAGACCUUCUAUAUCCUUUCUGAAUUAAUUUACCUAUCUAUCUCUAGCUAUGUAAUCUUGGUGUCAUUAUUCUAAACACAAAUGGUUACUUCAUAGUAUUGUUAAUAUGAAAAUAGUAUUGUAAGUCCUUUAAGGGAUUCAGAUGAAUCU